AUGUCGAGACCGCGGCGGGUCCUUGAUUGUGGAUAUGGCUGUGGCCUCUGGUGUACUGAAGUUGCCGAUGCGCAUCCAGAUUGCCAGACACCAGACAUGACGGUCAUGGCUAUACACAAUUGGAUUUGUGUCCUCGCUAACAUGACAGUGAAGGUUAUCGGAGUUGACAUCAACCCAAGGCAACCAGAUGAGGUCCCUGAUAACCUUUAUCUUCAACUCGACGACCUGAACCGGCGGUUCACGUUCUCUUCGCAUAACUUCGACCUCGUCCAUUCCCACAUGAUGGUAUCUGGCAUACACACGACUCGUUGGACACAAUAUAUGAGAGAUAUGUUUCGAGUGACCCGUCCCGGUGGCUGGUGCCAAAUGGUGGAAAUGUAUCUACAUGUGCAAUCGGACAACGGAACGCUUACAGAUGAUCACGCCUUGAGGCGUUGGAGUGACUUGUAUUUCGAAAGCCAUGAGGGCUUGAAGGAUUUACGCGUGCCUUUGAGGCUCCCCGCGAUGAUGAGAGAAGCGAGUUUCGAGCAUGUGGAGCAUAGGAUGGUGCAGCUACACACUUGUGCGUGGUCUAAUGACGAGAGAGAUAAUGCAAUUGGGGCUGCGAAUCGAGAAAAUGUUCAGCGUAUGCUUUCUGCUCUGGCGAUAUAUCCAUUCACCGAGAGACUUGGAAUGGCGAUACAGGAUGUUCAAUUGCUUGUUGCGCAAGCGAAGCUUGAAGCAAGUAACCCUGCUUUCAAGGUAACAUCAUCCUUUCCAGCGUCAAGAGCAAAAUGGUCGAACUAA